ACUUUUGACGGCACAGCAAUCGCAUCAGCUGUACUCUCGGAUGUUUCCCGUCGUUUACAGUGCCGAUCAUUCUUCUCUACGCAUUACCAUUCCCUCUGCAAAACUGCAGCAGUCAAUCCCAACAUCGCACUUGCUCACAUGGCCUGCAUGGUGGAAAAUGAGAACGAGGCCAAUCCCACUGAAGAAUGCGUAACUUUCCUCUAUCGCUUGACCGACGGAGUUUGUCCGAAAUCGUACGGGUUUUUCGCAGCUCGACUGGCCGGAGUAAGAGCAGAGGUGGUAAAAGAAGCGUACGAAGCUAGUCGUGUAUUGUUCGACUCAGUGAAUCGCAAGAAGAUGGCGAUCGCGUCAAUCAAGGGGUCCCGCCACGGCGAGGAAUCAUCAGUCGACAAUUACCCAGAGGAUGCUCAGCGCUUUAUGAUGGAUGGGAAAACCUGGUUGGCCGGCCAGUAA